AUGACCACUCUUGGAGGUUUACAAAAUCGCCCUAUAUCUUCGGGGGCUCGGGAACAGUUUGAACGGUACAAUCGAAUGGAUAUUCUUGGUGAAGGUACGUAUGGUGUUGUAUAUCGGGCAGUUGAUAAAGUUACAGGGCAAAUUGUUGCGUUGAAAAAAGUAAGACUGGAUCGUACAGAAGAGGGAAUUCCUCAAACCGCACUUCGGGAAGUUUCUAUUUUGCAAGAAAUUCAUCAUCCAAAUAUUGUUAAUCUAUUGGAUGUCGCAUGUGCUGAUGGUAAACUUUAUUUAAUUUUUGAGUAUGUUGAUGGUGAUCUCAAAAAAGCACUUGAAAAAAGAGGUGGUUCUUUUAAUGGUAUGACUCUAAAAAAACUUAUUUAUCAACUUCUUGAUGGUUUGUUUUUUUGUCACAGGCACCGAAUUGUUCACCGUGAUCUCAAACCUGCUAAUAUUUUAAUUACUGCAGAUAAUGUUCUUAAACUUGCGGAUUUCGGUUUAGCACGAGCUUUUCAAAUUCCAAUGCAUACUUAUACUCAUGAAGUUGUUACACUUUGGUAUCGAGCUCCAGAAAUUUUAUUGGGAGAAAAACAUUAUACACCGGCAGUUGAUAUGUGGAGUGUUGGUUGCAUUUUUGCAGAAUUGUCUCGAGGCAAAGUACUAUUUCGUGGAGACAGUGAAAUUGGUCAGCUUUUUGAAAUUUUUCAAACACUUGGCACACCGAUGGAUAUUGAGGGAUCAUGGCCUGGUGUUUCCUCUCUUCCGGACUAUCGUGAUGUUUUUCCUCGGUGGGCAGGAAGACCUCUUGCACAAGUUAUACCACAGCUGGACGCUGAAGCAAUUGAUCUCCUUUCGCAAAUGUUAAAGUAUAAUCCCGCUGAACGAAUAUCCGCUAAAGAAGCGUUGCAACAUCCAUGGUUCAAUGACGUUAGAUUGUAG